UUUCACUCUCAGCCACACCACUGCAGGGCCAAAUUAAAAAGACUUGAAUCAACCCCAGCACUAUACUGCUGUUAGUUCAUGUGGAGUUUUUGCUGCGAGCUGCUCUCUCUCUCUAUCCCCCUCUCUCUCUCUGCUCCCUGGUGCUGUUCAGAGAGAGGGAUGGUGCGCGGCAGUUAGGACUGAUCUUUGCAGCUGCUCAGAAUUCCUUUUUUUCUUCGUGGAUCUGCACCAGUCGCUCUGUGGACCCCUUUCUGCAACAUGCGUGCAAUCUCAUAGGAGUUUGCGUGCGUGUAUGUGUGUGCACAGCUGUGUACGCGUGUCUGCAUUUGUGUGUGUGUGUGUGUGCACGGCUGCGCAUGUGUGUGUGUGUGGGUGUGUGUGCGUGUGGCGUGCCCCGAGGAGGGUGCCCCUGCUGAAGUUUAGCAGAAGACCGGCAAGUGCGAAUUGUGGAUUUGUGUGUGCACCAUGCACCUCCGGACCUGGCUUUUUAAUGCUAAAUUUUCCUCUCCACAGCGAAUGGAAGAAUGAUGGCAUGGCUGUAAAUAUGGGCCAGUGGGCAGGCAUGCGGACAGUUCUUUGCCUGGCCCUCCUGCUCCUUCAGCUUCUCUCCUGUUGUUGCCAAGGCCUGCAGGAGCCUGGAGCCAGUCCCGCUUCCUUUUUCACGCAUCCUCUCUACAAUGCCUCUGUCUAUGAGAACUCCGCUGCACGAACCUACGCCAACAGUAAAAUUAAAAUGGGGAUUACCCUAGUCCAUCGCUCCUGGGAUAUCAAAUACAGAAUCACUUCAGGGGACGAGGAGGGAUUCUUCAAAGCAGAGGAGUAUGUUCUGGGAGACUUCUGCUUUUUACGCAUUAGGACUAAAGGUGGGAAUUCUGCCAUCUUGAACCGGGAAAUACAGGAUAGUUACAUGCUGACUGUGAAGGCCACCGUAAAGGGAGAUGUCUUGGAAACGUGGACGAAAGUGAACAUACAGGUGCUGGACAUGAACGACCUGCGACCUUUGUUUUCGCCUACCACUUACUCUGUCACCAUUCCCGAGAGCACUCCAAUGAGGACUAGCAUUGCGCAGGUCACAGCAACUGAUGCAGACAUUGGUUCCAAUGGGGAGUUCUAUUACUUCUUUAAAGAAAAAGUGGAACUCUUCACUGUCCACCCCACCAGCGGGGUGAUCUCCCUGAGUGGCAAGUUGAACACGGACGAGCAGAGCAGGUACGACCUGGAGAUUUUGGCUGUUGACCGGGGUAUGAAACUCUACGGGAACAAUGGGGUGAGCAGCACGGCAAAGCUCUUCAUUCAUGUGGAGCGAAUAAAUGAGUAUGCACCAGUCUUAAGUGUGGUAACGCACAUUCCCUCUUCUCUGGAUAAAGAUCCGAUUUAUGCUGUGAUCACCAUUGAGGACCUGGACGAGGGUUUAAAUGGAGAAAUAGAGUCAGUUUCCAUCGUAGCUGGAGACCCCUUGGAACAGUUUACCCUUGAUAGGUCAGCAGUUGCCAGUGAGUUUCAGAUUAAGGCAUCAGAGCCAAUAGAUUGGGAUAAUUUCCCAAAUGGCUUCAACCUUACCCUUCAGGCUAAGGACAGGGGCUCCCCUCAGAAGUUUUCAGCAGUGAGGGUAGUCCACUUGCUGGUGAAAAGGCCCCAGCCUGUGGAAGUGAAAUUUGAAAAGGAAGUUUAUGAAAUUGCGCUGAAUGAAAUUUCGCCUCCUGGCACUAUUGUAGAGGCCGUGAAAAUCUCUCCUGAACCUGACGAUGCAGAAUACAUUCUCAGUCCUACAACAGAUUCAGCAUAUUUCAAGAUAAACACCUUACUGGGUAUCACAACAGCUCGCCAGUUUACCAUGGUAAGCCAGGAGGUGUUUGAGCUGGAGGUAGUUGAGGUAGACAGUGAGUUGAGGGUGAAAGUACGAGUCACCGUAGAGGAUGCAAAUGACAACACCCCUACCUUUGCUCAGCUUAAUUAUGAGGUGUUUGUCAAUGAAAGCAUUCCCAUCGGAACGAGCAUCCUCGCUGUAUCUGCAGUAGAUGAUGAUAAAGGUGAGAAUGGAUAUAUAACUUACAGUAUAGCCAGCCUCCAGUCUCUACCGUUCAAAAUAAACCAGUUUUCUGGUGUUAUAAUUACAACUAAAGAGCUUGACUUUGAAUCCUCUUCCGAGAGUUAUGUUUUCGUAGUCAGGGCGUCUGAUUGGGGUGCGCCUUACAGGCGUGAGAACGAAGUAAACGUCACGGUUCACUUGGAGAAUGUGAAUGACAACCAGCCAUUGUUUGAGAAAAUUGCUUGUCAAGGGGUGAUCUCUCGUGAUUUCCCCAUCGGCGAGGUGAUCACCACUAUGUCAGCUAUAGACAUAGAUGAGUUGGAACUGGUGAAGUAUAAGAUCCUCUCUGGAAAUGAAAGAGGCUUCUUUGAACUGAACCCUGACUCUGGGGUCCUUUCUCUAAGGAGGUCUUUGAUUACUGCUAAUCCAAAAAAUGGAGUCUUCAGUUUGAAAAUAACUGCCACAGAUGGAGAGAAUUUCUCAGACCCUAUGUUUGUUAAUGUUUCUGUUGUACAUGGAAAAACAACUUCAAAGAGCUUCAACUGCAAAGAAACCAGAGUUGCUCAAAGGUUAGCAGAAAAGCUGCUUAAAAAAGCCAAAGCUAACAGUAAGCCCAAACUUGAGGAAGGGUUUAUAGAUCUGUUUUCAGAUAGACAGACCCCACAGUUUGAAUCCUUUCCUUCUGACAUAUCAGUACGUGAGGAUCUCAGUGUUGGCACAAGCGUCUACAAGGUAAAGGCCUAUGAUGGAGAUACCGGAUUCAAUGGUCAAAUUUUGUACGUCAUUUCAGAUGGGAACAAAGAUAGCUGUUUCAACAUUGACUUGGAAAGUGGUCUAAUAACAGUCUUUUUACCGAUGGACCGUGAGAAAACUGAUAGGUAUUUACUCAAUAUCACUCUCUAUGAUCUGGGCCAACCACAGAAAUCCAACUGGCGGCUGUUGACCAUAUACGUGGAGGAUGCCAAUGAUAACACUCCACAGUUUUUGCAGGACAGCUACAACACUGUGAUCCCAGAAAACACUGCCAUUGGCACAGAGGUAAUUCAGGUAGAAGCUACGGACAAAGACCUGGGACCUAACGGUGAGAUUUACUACACCAUACUGACAAGCACAACUCAGUUUGGGAUAAACAGCACAAAUGGGAUUGUUUAUGUCGCCGGCCAGCUGGACAGGGAGUUCAUCUCAUCUUUCAGCCUGAAAAUUGAGGCGCGUGACAAGGCUGAGAAAGGGAGCCAGAAGUUCUCUGUCACUACGCUGAGGAUUUCUCUUGAGGAUGUCAAUGAUUGCCCCCCUACCUUCAUCCCCAGCUUCUACAAUGCUCGUGCCCUGGAGGAUUUGCCUGUUGGCACUGCCAUUGCCUGGCUGGAAACCCAGGACCCAGAUCUGGGAUUGGGUGGCCAAGUCAGAUAUUCCCUGGCAAAUGACUACAAUGGGAAGUUUGAAGUUGAUAAAGCCAGUGGAGUAAUCAGGCUGACCAAAGAGCUGGAUUAUGAGAAGCAGCAGUUCUACAACCUGACUGUGCGUGCUAAGGACAAAGGCAGGCCUGUGUCCCUGCUCUCCGUCUCCUUUGUGGAGGUGGAGGUGGUAGAUGUCAACGAGAACUUGUAUGCCCCCUAUUUUUCAGACUUUGCUCUGACUGGCUUUGUGAAGGAGAAUGCGCGGAUAGGGACCAGCGUGCUCCAGGUCAAUGCCAGAGAUGAUGACACCGGAAGAGAUGGAGACAUCCAGUACUCCAUACGUGAUGGAAGCGGGCUGGGCAGGUUCUCCAUCGAUGACGAAACAGGUAUCAUCUACACCACAGACAUGCUGGACCGUGAGACCAAGGACUCUUACUGGCUGACAAUCUACGCCACAGACCGUGGGGUAGUACCCCUUUUCACGGCAAUCGAGAUAUACAUCCAAGUGGAGGAUGUCAACGACAAUGCGCCCUUGACCUCUGAGCCGAUCUACCACCCCUCCGUCAUGGAGAACUCGCCCAAGGAUGUGUCCAUCAUCCAGAUCCAGGCUCAAGACCCGGACGCCACCACCCAUGGGGACCGCCUCUCCUUUCGGAUAUCCAGUGGCAACCCGCAGAACUUCUUUGCCAUCAACUCGAAGACUGGUCUCAUAACCACAACUUCAAGGAAACUGGAUCGUGAGCAGCAAGCUGAGCAUGUAUUAGAGGUAACGGUGAUGGAUGGAGGUCCAUCUCCCAGGCAGUCCACCGUCUGGGUGAUCAUACACGUUCUGGAUGAGAACGAUAAUAAGCCACAGUUCCCUGAGAAGGUCUACCAGAUUAAGCUCCCUGAGAGGGACCGGAAAAAGAAAGGAGAACCCAUCUACCGGGUGUUUGCCUACGACAAGGACGAGGGCCCCAACUCCGAUCUCUCCUACAGCAUCGUGGAUGGGAACGAAGACGGCAAGUUCUUUAUCGACCCCAAGACCGCCAUGGUGUCCUCCAGGAAGCAGUUCACUGCCGGAAGUUAUGACAUCCUGACUAUCAAAGCCACAGAUAACGGACGCCCCCAGAAGUCGUCCACAGCACGGCUGCACAUAGAGUGGAUACGCAAACCCGUGCCCUCAGCACUGCCCCUAGUGUUCGAUGAGCCAUACUACAAUUUCACUGUCAUGGAGCACGACAAGGUGGCAGAGAUUGUGGGCGUGGUCUCCAUGCAGCAGAGCUCCACGCCUCUAUGGUUCGACAUCACUGGUGGGAACUACGACAGCAUGUUUGACAUCGAGAAAGGAGUGGGAACCAUCGUCAUAGCGAAGCCACUGGACGCAGAACAUCGGUCUUUCUACAACAUGACCGUGGAGGUGACGGAUGGGACCAACAGCGCCUCCACACAGGUCUACGUCACCGUGCUGGACAACAACGACAAUGGGCCUGUCUUCUCCCAGCCAACUUAUGACAUCACCAUCUCGGAGGACACGCCCGCAGACACAGAGGUGGUGCAAGUGCUGGCCACUGACAGAGACGAGAAGCACAAACUGAGCUACUCCAUUCACAGCAGCAUCGACCCAGCUAGCAUGCGCACAUUCCGUAUCGAUCCCACUACCGGAACCAUCUACACCACUGAGAGGCUGGACCAUGAGGCCCGCACCCAGCAUAUCCUUACCAUCAUGGUGAAGGACCAGGAAUUCCCAUAUCGUAGGAACCUGGCACGGGUCUUGGUGGAUGUGGAGGACGCCAAUGACCACGCCCCCUACUUUACCAGCGCACUAUACGAAGGCUCAGUGUACGAGUCGGCUGCAGUGGGGACUGCUGUCCUUCAGGUCACUGCAUUAGAUAAGGACAAAGGGGAGAAUGCCGAGCUCCUGUAUGCCAUCGAAGCAGGGAACACGGGGAACACAUUCCGGAUUGAACCGGUCUUAGGUAUUAUCUCUGUUGCCCGGGAACUGGACCUCACAACUAUUGGCUAUUAUGUUAUCACUGUCAGAGUGAUAGAUAACGGCUCCCCACCCAUGGGCGCAACCACUGUGGUACGGAUCUCCGUCACCCUGUCUGACAACUCCAGCCCCAAGUUUCCUCAGAACGAAUACCAGGCGGAGGUCAACGAGAAUGUGGCAGAAGGCACCUCUGUCACCAUGAUCAGUGCCAUGAGUCAGUCCACCCUGAUCUAUGACAUUAAGCAGGGGAACAGGGAAAGAACCUUCAAAAUUAACCAGUACUCAGGGGUCAUCACAACCCAGAAACCUCUGGACUAUGAAGUGACCACCUCAUAUAUCCUUAUCAUACAAGCUUCCAAUAUGGCAGGAAUGGCUUCAAAUGCGACUAUUAAUAUUCAGGUUGUAGAUGAGAAUGACAAUCCCCCAGUAUUUCAGCAACUGCAGUACACUGGAAGUAUUAGUGAGGCCGCUCCGAUCAACAGUGUGGUGCUGAGCACCACCAACAACCCCUUGGUAAUAAAAGCGACCGAUGCUGACAGGAACCAGAACGCUCUCCUAGUAUAUCAGAUUGUGGAGGACACAGCCAAGAUGUUUUUCACUGUGGACUCAAGUUCAGGAUCUAUAAGAACCAUUGCAAACCUAGACCAUGAAACAUUUGCCAAAUUCAAUUUCCAUGUGCAUGUGAGAGACAGUGGCAAACCACAGCUGACAGCUGAAAGCCCCACCGAAGUCACAAUCCAGGUCAUUGACACUAAUGACUCCCCGCCAAGAUUUUCCAUGGAUGCUUAUGAAACCGUUCUGCUUCUUCCCACGUAUGUUGGAGUGGAGGUUCUGAAAGUCUCUGCCACUGAUCCAGACCUCAAUGUACCAACUGAACUGACCUACACAUUGAUAGAUGGAAAUCUGGAGCACUUCACCAUGGAACCUACCACCGGCAUACUCACUGUGAAGAACAACAACUUCUCCAAGGACCGCUUUCGUUUUAACGUGAAGGUCUCUGAUGGGAAGUUUUCCAGCACAGCUUUGAUAACUGUAUUAGUCAAGGAGGCUAUGGAUAGUGGGCUCGUAUUCACACACAACCUGUACUCAACAUCUAUACAGGAGAAUGUCACCAACAUCACUAAGGUAGCAGUAGUCAAUGCUGUAGGCAACCGCCUCAAUGAGCCCCUCAGGUACAGCCUGCUGAAUGCGGGGACAAGGUUCAAGAUGAAACCGACCUCAGGUGUAAUCCAAACUACAGGAAUCCCCUUUGACAGAGAGGAGCAGGAGUUUUAUGAGCUUGUGGUGGAGGCAAGUCGGGAAUAUGACCACUUGCGUGUUGCCAGAGUAAUGGUGAAGGUCCAGGUGGAGGACAUCAAUGACAAUGCCCCUGUGUUUGUUGGUCUCCCCUAUUACGCAGCUGUGCAAGUUGAGGCUGAGCCUGGGUCCCCAAUAUUUAGGGUCACAGCUGUGGACCGGGACAAGGGGAUCAACGGGGAGGUGUCCUACUUUUUAAAGGAUGACCAUGGCCACUUCGAAAUUAACAGGCUCACAGGUGACCUUCAUCUGAAAAAAGCCUUUGAGUCUGACUUAUCCAAUGUGGAGUACGAGGUGGUUGUUUAUGCCAGAGAUGGGGGAUAUCCACCCCUUUCUACCACAGUAGAGUUUCCCAUUACUGUUGUGAACAAAGCUAUGCCUGUUUUUGACAAGUCCUUCUAUGCUGUGUCAGUUAAUGAGGAUGUAGCUGUCCACACCCCUAUUUUGGGAAUAAAUGCUACAAGUCCUGAGGGCCAAAAUAUUAUAUACACUAUUGUAGAUGGUGACCCAUCACUGCAGUUUAACAUUGGAUUUGACACAGGAGUGAUAAGUGUCAUUAAUUCUUUAGACUAUGAAAUUAGCCCUUCGUAUAGACUUAUCAUCAGGGCAACAGACUAUCUUACGGGGGCAAGAGCAGAGGUAGAUGUGGACAUUAUCAUUCUGGAUGUGAACGACAAUGCCCCGGUGUUUGAAAAAACCUCCUACAAAGCUAUUCUUUCCGAGACCUCAAUGAUUGGGACCCCAGCCCUUCAGGUAGUGGCAACAGACAUGGACUCAGAAAAGAACAAUGUAAUACGCUAUCAAAUUUUCUCCAAUGUAUACAACAGCACGGACUAUUUCCACAUUGACAGCAGCAGUGGGCUCAUUCUGACAGCACGCAUGCUCGACCAUGAGCUGAUACAAUUGUACAGCUUCAUUGUCAGGGCAACAGAUAAUGGGUUUCCUCCCUUGAGCAGCGAGGUUGCUGUCAUGGUCAUUGUGAAUGAUAUGAAUGACAACCCUCCUGUGUUCAACCAGCUGUUGUACGAGGCGUACGUUAGCGAACUUGCACCAAAGGGCCACUUUGUAACCUGUGUCCAGGCCUCUGAUGCAGACAGCUCUGACUUUGACAAGCUGGAGUACAGUAUUCUGUCAGGGAAUGAGAGGAUGAACUUUGCCAUGGACAGUAGCACAGGGAUCAUUACCUUGUCCAGUCAUCGAAAGCAGAGGUUGGAGCCUGUGUACAGUCUCAAUGUUUCUGUGUCAGAUGGGGUCUUCACCAGCACUGCCCAGGUACAUAUCAGAGUCCUUGGUGCUAACCUUUACAGCCCUGUCUUUAUCCAGAAUGUCUAUGUGGCAGAGCUGCGGGAGAAUGCUGCUGUAGGCUCCAAAGUGGUCCAGGUAAAGGCUACUGAUAUGGAUUCUGGACCAUUUGGCCAGUUAACAUACUCCUUCAUCAAUGAUGUGGGAAAGGAUCAGUUCAGCAUUGAUGCCAAUGGCCAGAUCUCAACCUUGGAGAAGUUGGACAGGGAAAACCCAGAAAAUAAGGAUAUUGUCCUGACAGUGAUGGCUCUGGAUGGGGGUGGCAGAGCCUCGUAUUGUACAGUCAGGGUGAUUUUGGUGGACGAGAAUGAUAAUGCACCUCGCUUCAGAGCAGUAGAGUACAGGGCAAGUGUAAAAUCAGAUGUAGGCAAGGGGUACUUAGUCACUCAGAUCCAGGCCUACGAUCCAGACGAUGGUGCCAAUGCUAAGGUGUCCUACUCACUUUACAGCGAAGCCCAUGUCCCUGUGGUGGACAUCCUGGAGAUAGAUCCAGACAAUGGAUGGAUGGUCACCAAAGGUAGCUUCAACCAUCUAAAGAGCUCCAUACUGUCCUUUUUUGUGAAAGCUGUUGAUGGAGGGAUUCCCAUGAAGCAUUCUCUGGUGUCGGUGUACAUCCAUGUCCUGAACCCAGAGAAUCUCAUUCCCUCCUUCACCCAGCCUCAGUAUUCUUUCACUGUCCCUGAAGACACCCCCAUAGGUGCAGCCCUUGGCUCCGUUUACCUGGUAUCUGGCCACUCUGCCAUUUUUAGCAUCAUCAGUGGAGAGACAGGAGAGAACAAUCAGGAUGCCAUGUUCAUUGUGGAGAAGGAGACGGGUGUCAUCAAGCUGGACAAGCCCCUGGACCAUGAGGUCAUCGACACCUUCCACUUCAAAGUCUCCGCCACAAUGCAGCAGGCACGCAUAGACUCUGUGUCCACUGUGGACGUGGAGGUGAAGGUCCUAGAUUUGAAUGACAACAAGCCAGCUUUUGAAUCCACUUCCUACGAGGCAACAGUAAUGGAGGGGAUGCCUGUUGGAACAAGAAUAAUACAGGUGCGAGCACUGGACCCAGACUGGGGUGCCAACGGACAGGUCACAUAUAGCAUUGCCUCCCCUCCGAAUGUGGAAAUGGACUGGACUGCUGACACCUUCACCAUUGACAGUAACACAGGUUGGAUCUCCACACUCAAAGAUUUGGACUAUGAGACGUCCCCAUCCUACACCUUUGCCGUUGUGGCGUCUGACCUGGGAGAGACUGUCUCCCUGUCCUCCAGCACCACUGUGUCCGUCAUCGUCACCGACAUUAACGACAACCCACCCAACUUUGUGGAGGAUUACUACAGGGGGGCUGUGAGGGAGAGCGACCCCCCAGGUGAGGUGGUGGCAGUGCUGAACACACAAGAUGAUGACAGUUCUGACAUCAAUCGUCAAGUCAGCUACCACAUCACAGGAGGGAACCCAAGAGGAGUGUUUGCUCUGGGACUGGUCCAGGGCGAAUGGAAGAUGUAUGUGAAGAGGCCGCUGGACAGGGAGGAGCAGGACCUGUACCUGCUCAACAUAACGGCCAGCGACGGGCUCUUCGUCACUCGGGCGCUGGUGGAGGUCACCGUGAAGGACACCAACGACAACAGCCCCAUAUGCGACCAGGCACUCUAUACAGCUUCAUUCCUUGAAGAUGUUCCCACAAAUAAAGUCAUUCUGACGGUGGGGGCGACGGACGCAGAUGUGGGGUCCAGCGCAGCCAUCCAGUACUCCCUGUUCGGCCCUGGAGCCGAGGACUUCUACAUGGAUGCGGACACGGGCGAGCUGAAGACAGCUUCGGUUCUGGACCGCGAGAAGACCCCCAGGUACAGGCUGGUCGCCCAGGCGACGGACGGAGGGGGGCUGUUCUGCCGAGCAGAAAUUGCUCUGAACCUCCUGGACGUAAACGACAACCCUCCGGCUUUCUCCGCCCCCUACUACACAGCCAGCGUGUAUGAGAACACAGGAACCAAGGCCCUCCUGACCCGCCUCCAAGCAAACGACCCAGAUGAAGGUAUCAACCGCAAGGUGGUCUACUCCCUGGUGGACUCAGCCGACGGAUUCUUCUCCAUCGACAAAUCGUCGGGCAUCGUGGUCCUGGAGAAGCUCCUGGACCGGGAGCUGCAGUCCUUCUACAACAUCACGGUGCAGGCCUCAGACCAGGGCGUAGGCGUCAAGCUCUUCUCACAGGUCAACGUGACCAUCACCGUGCUGGACAUCAACGACAACCCGCCGGUGUUCGAGCGCCGCGACUACCUGGCCACGGUGCCCGAGGACGUGUCCCUGGGGAUGGAGGUGCUGCGCGUGUACGCCGCCAGCAAGGACAUCGGCACCAACGCCGAGAUCUCCUACAGCAUCCGCUCGGGGAACGAGCGCGGAAAGUUUCAGAUCGACACGGCCACGGGCACCAUCACAGUCUCCAAGGCGCUGGACUUUGAGACUUGCAAGGACUAUUUUCUGACUGUGGAGGCCAGGGAUGGGGGGACCCCACCCCUCAGCGCUGUGACAACGGUGAACAUCAACCUGACCGACGUCAAUGACAACGCUCCCAUAUUCAGCCGAGACGUCUACACCUCCAUCAUCAGCGAGGACGCCACCAUCGGGGAGUCUGUUGUGCAGUUGACAGCGGAGGACGUGGACAGUCAAGUGAACGGACAGAUCCUCUACUCCAUUGUGAGCGGCGACCGUGAGAACCAGUUCUUCAUUGAUCCAAUCACAGGCCUAAUGAAGGUCAAUAAAGAGCUGGACCGAGAGACGGUGUCCACCUACUCCCUGGCUGUCAGGGCACUGGACAGCGGCUCGCCCGCCAUGUCAUCCACAGUGAUGGUCAACAUCGAUAUCUCGGACAUCAACGACAACCCGCCCUCCUUCACCCCGUCCAAUUACACUACCGUCAUUCAGGAAAACAAGCCCGUGGGCACAAGCAUCCUACAGCUGUCAGUCACAGACAAAGACUCCUCCCACAAUGGCCCCCCCUUUGAGUUCCACAUCCUGUCUGGGAACGAGGGCAGCGAGUUCACUCUGGACCAGACUGGCCUGCUCCAGUCUAACCAGGUCUUCAGGCAGGACAUGGCCACGGAGUAUGUUGUACAGAUUCAGGCCCGGGACUCGGGGAAGCCACGGCUGGCCUCGACGACCUUCGUGCUGGUGCGCGUCAUCGAGGAGAGCCUCCACAAGCCGGUGGCCGUGCCCCUGGAGAUCCACAUCGUCACCAUGGAGGACGAGUUCCCGGGCGGCGUCAUCGGGAAGAUCCACGCCACGGACCAGGACACCUACGACGUGCUGACCUUCAGCCACAAGUACCAGCAGAAGAGCCUGUUCAAGAUCAGCCGGCAGGACGGCAAGAUCAUCGCGCUCGGCGGCCUGGACACGGGCAGGUACCAGCUGAACGUGACGGUGAGCGACGGGCGCUUCUCGGUGGCCGUGGACGUGGCGGUGCACGUGGAGCAGGCCACCGCCGAGAUGCUCCAGAACGCCGUGACCGUGCGCUUCGAGAGCGUCGCCCCUGAGGACUUCGUCAGCCUCCACCUGCGCGACUUCAAGCGUGCGCUGCGCGCCGUGGUGGCCCCCCAGAAGCAGGACGCGCUGCACGUGCUCAGCAUCCAGCCCGUGCCCGGGACGUCCCAGCUGGACAUGCUGUUCGCGGUGCAGACCACGGGAGGGGGCUUCUACAAGGCGGCCUACCUCACCCAGAAGCUGAGCACGUCCAGGAGGCACCUGGAGAGCGUCCUGCGCAUCUCGGCCAUCCUGGAUAAGAACUGCUCGGGCCUGGACUGCCAGGAGAAGCUGUGUGAGCAGACCAUCGUGCUGGACUCCCACGCGCUGCUCACCUACAGCACCCCCAGAAUCAGUUUCGUCUCUCCGCGCUUCCAUAGAAACACGCGCUGCACCUGCAAUGGUGCCAACUGCCCAAGCUCCUCGGAGCUCUGCGAAGACCAGCCCUGCCCAGGGGACAUGCAGUGUGUGGGCACAGGGGGCGCUAGAGGACCCUACGCCUGCCAGUGCCCCCCAGGCAAGCUGGGGGAGUGUGCGGGUCACACCUCUCUCAGCUUCGCGGGGAACAGCUACAUUAAGUACAGGGUGUCUGACAGCAGCCACACCGGCGAGAUGAAGCUGGGACUGAGAAUCAGGACCCUGCAGAGCCGGGGAAUCAUUAUGUACACGCGCGCUGACCCCUGCACCAUCCUGAAGAUUGAGGAGGGCAAGCUGUGGUUCCAGCUGGACUGUGGCAACAGCCCAGGAAUUCUGGGAAUUUCUGGGAGGCCCAUCAACGAUGGCAACUGGCACAGUGUGUCCUUGGAGCUGAAUCGGAACUACACCAGCCUGUCGCUGGACGACAGCUACGUGGAGCGCCGGCGGGCCCCCCUCCACUUCCAGCCCCUGGGGCCCGACGGCUCCAUCUACUUCGGCGCACAGGUCCAGCCGCCCAACUCGCGCAGCCUGACGGACAAGAAGGGCCCGCGGGUGCUGGACGGCUUCCAGGGGUGCCUGGACUCGGUGGUGCUGAACAACAACGAGCUGCCCCUGCAGAACAAGCGCAGCCGCUACGCCGAGGUGGUGGGCCUGACGGAGCUGAAGCUGGGCUGUGUGCUCUACCCCGACGCCUGCGAGAAGGCGCCCUGCCUCAACGGCGGCAGCUGUGCAAGCCUGCCAUCCGGUGGUUUUGAGUGCAGUUGUACCUCCCAGUUCACCGGGGGGCGCUGUGAGACAGAGAUCACAGCCUGUGUUCCCAACCCCUGUCAAAACGGAGGGAUCUGCAAACCCAUUGGCAACGCUUUCCUCUGCAGCUGCCGGAGGGGAUUCUCUGGCCUCACGUGCGGGGAGGACGUGAACGAGUGCGAGCGAGAGGAGUGUGAGAACGGAGGAGUGUGCGUGAACACCUUUGGGGCGUUCUACUGCAACUGCACGGCGGGCUACGUGGGGCAGCACUGCGGCCUGCGGCCGGUGGUGGUGCCCAACAUGCAGGCCGGGCACUCCUACGUGGGCAAGGAGGAGCUGAUCGGCAUCGCCGUGGUGCUGUUCGUCAUAUUCGUCCUCAUCGUCCUCUUCAUCGCCUUCCGCAAGAAGGUCUUUCACAAGAACUACUCCCGAAACAACAUCACCCUGGUGCAGGACCCGGCCACAGCCGCGCUGCUCAACAAGGCCAACGGGAUCCAGUUCAAGACCCUGCGGAGCGGCGGGGACCACUGCAACCUGUACGCCGAGGCGGGGGGCCCGCCGCAGGUGCCCGUCCGCCCCAUGGCCUACACGCCCUGCUUCCAGAGCGACUCGCGCAGCAACCUGGACAAGAUGGUGGACGGGCUGGGGGUGGAGCACACCGAGAUGACCACCUUCCACCCGGAGUCCCCGCGCAUCCUGACCACCCGCCGGGGCGUGGUCGUCUGCAGCGUGGCCCCCAACCUGCCGCCCGUCUCCCCCUGCCGGUCCGACUGCGACUCCAUCCGCAAGAGCCCCUGGGACAGCGAUGAGGGUAAAGUUGUGGAUAUGGUGGAGGAGGUCACAUGUUUCUCAGGCAGCAACAAGGGCAGCAAUUCUGAGGUGCAGUCGCUCAGCUCCUUCCAGUCCGACUCCUGCGAUGACAACGCGUAUCACUGGGACACAUCCGACUGGAUGCCCAGCUCGCGGCUGCCGGACAUUGAGGAGGUGCCCAGCUACGAGGCCGGGGACAACUCGUCCGCCCGCCUAGGGGGCAGCGCCCGGGAGCUGGAGACAGACUACUACCUGGGCGGGUACGACAUCGACAGCGACUUCCCCCCGCCCCAAGAGGAAGAGUUCCUGAGCCAGGACCAGCUGCCCCCGCCCCUCCCUGAAGAGUACCAGGAGCACUACGAAACCCUGCCCGCCACUCAGCCCGUCUCCGUGGAGAGCACCCUGAGUGGCGGCAGCCGGGCCCGCCCUCACUUCCACCCCAGCCAGUACCUGCCCCCGCACCAGUUCCCGGGGGAUGGUCAGUGCGGGGGGGAGGAGUUCAGCACUUUUGUCUUGGGCCCCGGGAACGACCUGGAGGCGGAGAACCUGGACAGCGUGUCGCUGACCAUGCGCCUGUCCGCCAACGCCUCCUCCGACGACGUGUCUGCCACCUGCGGCUUCGACGACUCGGAGGCGGGCACCAGCGACUUCGAGAGCGUGGACGAGCUCCGGUUCGAGGGCUCCCACCCCCCGUUCGUGGAGACCCAGCAGCAGACUCAGGUCUGAGCCCCAUUGAGGGAGGGAGGCGGAAAGGAGAGUGAGUCACAGGAAUGGGACUCCCGUGGGGGCGCUGUGAACUGAAUGGAACUGAAGAAAUUGCCAAUAAGGCACUCGGACAGGAACUACAGAGUGCCGCUCUCUGAAUGGGCACAGUUUUUGAUUAAAACCUGCUAAAUCACUGCCUGGUGAUAGCAAGCCUGUUGUGAUUACGCAGUCACAGAGAGCACACCCCGAUUCCGGCUUUUAUUAUUCACACAUAUUUUUUUGACAAUUGAUUUCUUUUGUAAAGCCUCCUCUAUCACUUUUCCCACAUGUGCACUCACGCAUGUGCACACACACACACAUACACGCACAGGCACACAGAGUAAAUGGACAGGUCCACAAUCAAUCAGAAUUAGAGGUUAACCAAACUCAGCUCAAAGCAGUGCCAUUGUCAGUUCACAGCUCUCAUGAAGCAUCUUGUUUUUUUAUGUGCACUCAUCUAUCGGGUCUGUUGGUUGGCUAACCGUAACCUUGCAAGUCAGAUAUAAUGCUGCUUUCAAAACUGAAAUAAAAAAAUGAAAAGGGAAAAUAGAAAUUUGGCUUCAUGAAUAUGUCUUAUAUAGUAAUGCUCAUAAUAGUGUUCAUGGCUCAGCGGAACCAGAGAAACGGGAAGAAGAGUGUUAAGCACAGUUUUUGGACGCUCGGUCGUUGGACACAGGGUCGGAAGGGCCACUCUUUCCUUUACGGUCUGAGUGGGCAAAAAAUAGAUUUUUUUUCUCAUGAAGCAACCUUCUUUUUGCUUUUUGUAUGGGACUUAAAAGUUUAAGUCCCAUACUGUCCAACACAGACCCAUUUAAAUGUUUUUUUAAGAAUGCCAAGAAUUUUUUUGCACUAAUAUUUAUGUUGCCUUCAUGAUUCGGUUAUAAAGUAGCAAUAUAUAAGACCCUCCAUAAGGUAUUUUAGAGGGGUGUGACUUGUUUAAAAGCAGAGAAAGUUUCUGUGUUACAGAAAAGUUUGCUUUAAUAUGAGGUGUACAGCAGUAAUGUACUGUUCUUCCUAUCUAAAAUCCAUACACACACUGUCCAUUUUUACUGUUAACACAUCUUGUUUUAUUGAAGAUGGAGGAGCCUGUGUCAAGGGGAAUUUAUAGGGCCAAGCCAGCAAUGUUUUUUUUUUUUUUUUUUCAUAAAAAUUUUGGACUUCAAAUGGGUGUUCCCAAUAGUGUCCCAAGCGUUAGGCAUUCCAUAGCCCCUCUCCGUCCCUUCAGUUCCCACGGGAGAUUUCAGAGGGUUGUGCAUUUGUUCCAGCACCAGAAAGUGGGCUGUAGGGUCUAAACACAGCCUCUCCAGAACAUGAAACAGGUGUAGACCAGCACAUUUCCCUGUAUUGGUAGUGCCAGGGGAGAUCCACCAGCAGGGUCCAACUUCAGAGCAUUUUGCCAUGUUAAGAAAAGUCCCUCUGAAAAAUAUUUGGCUUUUCAGGUGCUGGGUGUAUUACUACAAGUUUAACACAUUUUUUUGUACAUUUAUGUUUUUUUUUUCUUGUCUGUUUGGGGGGGGGGGUUUGGGAUUUUUGCACUGAAUAUGAUUUCAAAGUCAAGCCAGUAUUUUUAAAGCCAUAACAAACAAGGCCACCAGGGCAAAAGGAUGUGGAAUGCAACGUGUAUAGCUCGUUUUGGGAAAAUGUAGCAAGCCCAACAAAACACAUUCACAAGCAGUGCUGAAUUCUCUGUCAUCGGCUGAAACAGGGAGGGGGUGGGGGGGUACAAUAAAAUAAUGAACAUGUCUCGCAUUUGAUUCAAAUCAUUGUCUUGUAAUAUAAUAUGCCUGAUGUUAUCAGGCAGUUUUGUAAAAGAUGUAAGUUUGUGUUGAAAUCUUUGUAAAAAGUGUACAUAGCUAGGUUGUUAAAAUGCAAGAUUUUGUAGAUAUUUAAUUCCGAUCCUGACUGCCUUUUGAUUUCCUUGGUGUUUAUUGUGAAUGUUGACUGUAAAAAGGCAAGUAUGAAUCAAGAAUAAUUUAACCACAUUUUCAUUCAUUUUUCUCUUCAUUUAGUUUUAUUUCUUUUUUAUUAACAUAUGCUUUAAAACUUAAAUAUCCUCCUGUAGAAUAGACUGAUUUUUGCACAUUGUGAAAUGCACAGGGACUCAAAAGAUCUGAUUGGUUGUUAAUUUUUAAUGCCAUACCUAACAUUUCUCAAGAAUCUAGAAAAAAGGGAAAACUCUUGUCAUGUCGUGCUCUUUGUUGUCCGAAAAGCUGUUGGCUGGACUUUGGUUCACUCUAUUCCCAGCCAACAUUUUAGGCAGUAUUAAACUAUGUCUAACCUUACUGCAGCAACUCAGUGUACAGAUCGAUUUCUUUUUUUAACUGCUGUUCUGUUUUAUAAAUCAAUGCGGGAAAUAAAAGAUGUUGAUCAAAUGAU